AUACGAUUUAAUGGUUUAUGCGUGUCCAAAGCUGGUCAAAGUUGUGGAAAGUUGAAGCCUAACCGUUUCUAAUGCUUUUCCUGGCAGUAGCAGCAGAAGAACAGAGGGAACAGGCAGCGUCCCGGGGGCGGAGGGGAGGCAGAAAGAAAGAAAGAGAGGGAGAAGAAGGGUGAAGAGUGAACGACUGAAACAGCUUAACUUCUUCAGAUUUGGAAAUGGAUACGAAAAGAAAUGACACGAGUGGGCUCAUUCACAAGUGUAACUCUCCUUCAACAUGAGGAAAAGUGGUGAAGCUUAACAUUCACUGCUGCUUUUUCAGCAGGAUGAUGAGAGGAACUUUUUACUAUCACCCCAUAAUAAGGAUCCUGAUGAAGCAGGUACAAGCUCGAUGACCGCUGCCUCUUUUAAUUUCAUCAACUCGAUUAUUGGAUCCGGGCUUAUUGGCCUGCCGUACUCGAUGGCGCAGGCCGGCCUUCCACUGGGACUGCUACUGCUCUUUCUUGUUGCUUACAUUACAGACUACUCCAUCAUCUUGUUGAUAAAAGGAGGGAACCUGUCAGGGACACACAGUUAUCAGUCAUUAGUUCACAGCACGUUUGGCUUUGCUGGAUUUCUGAUCCUAUCAGUCCUUCAGUUCCUGUAUCCAUUCAUUGCUAUGAUAAGCUACAACAUAAUCACUGGAGAUACUAUGACCAAAGUGUUUCAGAGAAUACCAGGAGUUGGGCCUGGUCACCUUCUGGCAAAUAGACACUUUGUCAUCUUGCUCUCCACCAUUCUCUUCACAAUUCCUCUGUCAUUGUACAGAGAUGUAGCUAAACUGGGGAAGGUGUCGCUAGUGUCUAUGCUGUUGACUCUGGCCAUCGUCAUCAUGGUAAUUGUGAGGGCCGCAACGUUGGGACCGCAAAUCCCCCCUUCUGAGGACGCAUGGGUCUUUGCACGCUGGAAUGCAAUUCAAGCAGUUGGUGUGAUGUCUUUUGCCUUCAUCUGCCACCACAACAGCUUCAUUAUCUACGAGUCGCUGCAGGAGCCCACUCUGAGGAACUGGUUACGCAUCACACACACGUCUGUGGGCUCAGCGGCCCUCAUCAGUGCAAUAUUUGCUGCUGCUGGCUAUGCUACUUUUACAGGGUACACACAAGGUGAUAUAUUUGAAAACUACUGCAAGAAUGAUAACUUGGCCACAUUUGGGCGAUUCUGCUAUGGCCUCAGUAUAAUCACCACUUUCCCGUUAGAGUGCUUUGUUACGAGAGAGGUGGUGUCAAAUGUCUUUUUUAAUGGACUACUUAGCAACACUGCCCACGUCAUGGUUACCUUGGUGAUAAUAUCAGCGGUUACUGUGAUUUCCCUCUCUUAUGACUGUCUGGGUGUUGUGCUGGAGUUGAAUGGUGUUCUGAGUGCCACACCUCUGAUCUUCAUUAUUCCCUCUGCCUGUUUUCUGAAACUCUCCACUGGGCGCUGGUUUCAGAGGAAGAAGCUUAUUCCAAGUCUGAUUCUCAUUGCUGGGGUUUUUGUCAUGAUCAUUGGUUUGGUUAUGACAGGACUGUUUCCUCAGGACUGCUCACAUGGAGUAGAGAUGUUCUACUGUACAAAUUUGAGCUCCUCCAUUUUUGCUACUACCCCAGCCAGUGCCAUGCUGAAGAUCACAAAUGUUACUCAGAACAUCAGCCUUUUCUAAAUGAAAACUGGGCUUUGACUUGUCAGUUUGAAUAUCUUGUUAUUUUAUGUGAUUUUUAUGAUGUUAUUACUCUUCUGUGUGAACAUAAAAUACAGUAUAUUAAGAAUGUAAUAAAAUAUAUGGAAUGUAGGUUGUAAUUUAUUAGCAACAUAGUGCAAUGUAUUCCA